UCCAUUCAUUCUGAUCCAUAUUGCAUUGUAUUAGAGAUAUAGAUUAGUAGCAUAUUAGUCCUAGUAGAGAGUAGUAUAAAUAACUUGUAACCGCCCCAUUAGAGGGAACUUUUCUCAUUUUGUAAUAUUCCUUUUUCAUCAAUAGAAAGAGUUUGUUACUUUUCUCUCCUUCCUUCCAUGGAUGCCAUGUUUCCUAACAUGGUAUCAUAGCAUGAUUGGUAUCCACCUUGAACAAUUUUUCCGCUGCAUUUUCUCGAGAAAGUUUGUUUUUCUCGUGUUCUCACUUCAUUUUCCUUUGUCUAAUUCAGUUCUUGAUUUCAGUUCUUCUUUUUCUACUUCGAUCAAUUCUGUUUUCAUCGCGGUGUGGUACUCUUCAUCUUCUUAAUCCCAAUUUCUAGGGUUCAAAUUCUGUUUUGAUUUCUUAUUCGAGUUAGUUACGAUUCCGUUUUACUCUCUUUUCGUUCGAUACUGCAAUUGUCCCCAAAUCCUAGGGUUCGCGAUUGCAAUUCGAUUUCGAUCUGAUUGCGUUUCAUGUUAGAUUUGAUUUUGCUAUGUGAUUCAGCUUUGGUUUUGUGUAUUUUUCCCAAUUUCUAGGGUUUCCGUUUCGUCUUUCAUCAGAGAAAAUUCAUUUCAUUUAUGUUUGGAUUCCUUUCACUUCUUGUUUGUUUUCUUGAUUGGAAUCUUCUUCCUUGUUCAAUUUCAAGGUUCCUUCAAUUUCAGAAUUCUAUAUCAUUCCACAAACCUUAUCGAACUAUGUUACAUUGUUUGAAGCUUCGUCUGAGAUCCUGAAUUCAGUUUUGAUGAGUUUUACGUGCCUUGAGAUUUUAGCUUGUGCUUUUAUUCGUCCCAUGUACUAUUGUGCACACAAGGUGUUUGCUGAUAAUAUCGGUGAAGUUUCUGAAGAAGUUGUUAUCAUGAAGACAGUAUGUGAACAUUCCUCUGUUUUUGGUUCAGCUUUGCGUUGGAUAAGUGUAAUUGCAACAUGUUUCCAAUUGGAGACUAUUUUUUGGAUUUUUUUUUUAGCUUCAGCAUUGGAAGCAUUGGUUUUGGCCUAUGGUUUGAAUGCAUCAACAUGGAUUUGUUUUCUAUGGUUUGAAGACACCUCACAUGGCUAUGCAUCACUAUUGGCUUGCAUUUGGUUUUUCUUGUCUCGGCUCGGCAUUGGAGGGCAUCUCUUUUUUAACUUUGGAACCUUGGUCUUGUUGCUUCAUGGUACCUUUGGUGUGCAGUUUGUUCAACAUAUGACCUCCUUCCAUUGUAAACUUUGGCCCUUCCUUGCACUUCUUUUUCUUUUGGAUAUCAUCAUUGAUUUUGGAUAUCCUUACUCUUCUUGUCUUGUGCUUCUGUUCAUGAUGGUUAAGCUAUGUUGAUAAGCUUCUGUCAUAAAUGGUUAAGCGUCGUUGUGCUUCUGUCCAAGGAUGUUUAAGCAUCGUUUUCUUCUUCUUCUUGUGCUUUUGUCUUUAGUUAUUGAGAACUCUUGAUGGUUAAGCGUUGUGCCUUUUUAAGGCUUUGUUGAUGAUUGGCUUCUACCAGAUGGUGGUUAAGCGUUGGUUUGUUGCUUCUUCCUCCAAGUGGUUACACCUUGAGUUGUGGUUUCCUCUUGUUGGAUAAGCAUUUGAUUGUUGCUAUGUUCUUGGCCAAUGUAUUUCUAGCAUCUUUCCUUGUAUUUUCUCAUUUCAAGUUGGAAGUGUUUUGAACACCUUCCAACUUGAGAGGGACUAUUAGAGAUAUAGAUUAGUAGCAUAUUAGUCAUAGUAGAGAGUAGUAUAAAUAACUUGUAACCACCCCAUUAGAGGGAACUUUUCUCAUUUUGUAAUAUUCCAUUUUCAUCAAUAGAAAGAGUUUGUUAGUUUUCUCUCCUUC